CUCCACGUAUCCUCUUCAUAUCGUGGGCAUCGAGCUCUUCUGUACCUCUCCUGACGACACAUAACCCAAGGUUCGCACGUCUAGUUGCAACAAUCCCUUAUUAUUCAGAUUGCGAUCUUUCAAGGGCGGGAUGGCUCGAGUAUAUAAAGACCUGGAUGGACUGUGUAGAGUACAGUGGUCAACCAGCUACAGCAAGCAUGAAGGUCUUUCUUUUUACUCUUUCGGUGGUAGCAUGCGCUCUAGCAGAAGCUCCUUACCCACAGCCAAGGAAACCUGAAGGAGCUCUUCUGCUUUUGCCUCCCGAAUACAACAAGAAGUCAGAGUAUAAUUACCAACCGAUUCAGAGCGAAGCAGAAGACUUGGGCAAAAUAAGCGACAAGGUGAUGCAGAGGCUACGACAAGAACAAGGAUCUGGCUCUGGCAGCUACCACGUCUACCUGAACGACGGUAGCCUCCAGAAGGUCCAGUACACCACGGCACCCCUGAAGAGCGGACAGCAGAAUUCCCCAGCCCAGCAGUACAAGCAGUCGGAGAGCGGGCUGAACCCGAUCAUCGCCCAGUUCGGGAGACUUCAACAAGAACUGCAGGAACAGCAGAUCCAACAACUGCAGCAGAGGCAGCAACAGCUGGAACAGCAGCAACAGGAGCUGAGGCAGCAGCAGCAGGAGCUGAGGUCUGCCAGCUACCUGGCCAGCAUCCGCUACUCCAACGUCGACCCCAUCACCUCCCCGAUCUACUCCUACAAACCCAGCCCAGUCACUAGGAUCCUCAGAUACGCUCCUCAAUAUUAUUAACAUGUUUAUAAAACAAUCAUUACGAACAAUAAAUAA